AUGCUGCCGGCCAGGGCCGGCGCGGGCUCUGCGGGCGGCCGCCAGCGCCUCUGCGGAGCCCGCGGCGCGGCGCUGGCGGCCGCCGGCGGCCUCCUCGCGGUGUGGGCCCUCGCCCAGGGCCGGGGCGGGGACCCCCGCGCGGCCAUGCGAGCGCGGCGCUCAUCUGCGAUCUCCAGCCUGGCCAAGGCGGAGUGCGCGGAGAGCGGCGCAGACUGCACCAGCCUGAAGUGCUGCAAGGAGGCGGGCAUGCAGUGCUACCAGAAGAACCCGGGGUGGGCCGAGUGCCGUGCGGACUGCACGGAGGGCCUCGAUCUGCGCGGGCCAGACAACAGCUCUUGGUCCUGCAAGGAGCUGGGCGACCGGACCGCGGGUGACGUCCCUCCCCCGUGCGUCGGGGCCUUCGAGGACUGCGCGGCCUCCAGGUGCUGCAACGUCACGGGCUUCGCCUGCUACGAGAAGUCCAAGUCCGACGGGAGUGCAUUCUGCAAGGCCGAGUGCACCCCAGGGCCGGACCCGACGGACGCAGAUUCGACCCCGUGGACUUGCAAGAAGCUCGGCGCGGAGACCGCCGGGCCCGCCGACUGGGUGAAGAAGCAGUGCGCGCAGUCGGGCACGAACUGCAUCGAGGUGGGCUGCUGCGCGGACGAGGGCAAGCAGUGCUACGCCAAGGACUCGGGCUGGGGGCAGUGCAAGUACGGGUGCGUGGACCCGGCGGAGCCGUGGAAGGGGCUCGAGUGGAGCUGCGAAGAGAUCGGGCCGCGCACCCCGCAGGGCAAGCCCGCCCCCUGGGAAAACCAGAGGGCCACCGCGCCCUGGGUCGAGGCCGAGUGCGCCGGCCCCGGGGAGGACUGCAGCAAGCACCAGUGCUGCAAGGAGGAGGGCCAGCAGUGCUACACGAAGAACGAGGAGUGGUCAGCCUGCCGCCCCCAGUGUGAGGAGGGGCCCGACCUGUGGGACAACAACUACGAGCCGUGGAGCUGCUCCUCGCUCGGCUCCCGGACGCCCGGCUUCGCGAGGGGCCACACGGGUGCCGACCCCGUCUCCGACUGGGUGGCGACCAAGUGCGCCAACCAGACGAAGGAUUGCCGCAAGCAGCGGUGCUGCGCCGACCCCGGGCACGCAUGCUACGAGAAAAACGAGGAGUGGGCCACGUGCAUGAAGAGCUGCGACCCGGGCAAGCACGAGUACGAUGCGGACAACCUUCCCUGGACGUGCAACCAGAUCGGUCCGCGCACGCCUGUCCUCUGGGGAUCGCCAUCGCUCUUCUGCUACUCGGUCAUCACGAUCAACGACUACAGCAGCGAGCCAGAGCUGGUCAAGGGUCAGAUCGAGCGUGGUUCUGGCAUCUUCGAGUGCGACGAGUACGCCGUGUACAGCACCGCCGAGCCCACGGUCGUCGGCAUCGGGCCAUCUGGCAAAGUAACGACCAUCCAGUUUGAGCCCGCUGAGAUAACGACCAGCAAGGACGGCACCUCUGGCAACGCCGAGCUCUUCAUGCAUGUCUGGGACGCCGUGAAGGCGGACAAUCGCUGGAGCACGACAGACUGGACCGUAAAGGUGGAUCCCGACGCAGUGCUCAUCCCCUUCAGGCUGCGUCAGCACUUGAGGGAUCAUACAGGCCAAACGGCUUACAUCGUGAACUGCAACAAGCCGCUGCUGCCCGAAGGACCUAUGAUGUUCGGAGCGCUGGAGGCUUUCAGCCAGUCGGCCCUGGGCGUAUACUUCGCCAGGGAGCAGGAGUGCAUCGGCGGCAUGUACUGGAAGGACUGGGGCGAGGACUGGUUCAUGGGCCACUGCCUCGACUUCCUCGGCGUGGAGCAGGUCCACGACUACGAGAUCUACAGCGACGGCGUGUGCACCGGCGUGGACUGCAGCAACCCGGUGGCGGCGGCCUUCCACCCGAAGAAGGACAUCGGGAGCUGGAGCGCCUGCUACGAGGAGGCGCUGGCCGCGGGCAACACCAAGCAGGACGCGGAGGCGGCGGCCACGGGCGGCGGCGAGGGCGAGGGCGGCGAGGGCGAGGGCGGCGAGGGCGGCGUUUGA